GUUGAAUUCUACUAAAAUAUACUGGAAGAGCGUGUUUAUGAAAUAUUGAUGCUCAAAUUGAUCAUUUAAGAUAUUGUGAUAAUGUAAAUUGUCUGAAGUAUGUCUGAAUUGACUUUUGUUGAUGGAGUAUUAUUUCUUUCAUUUGUGUUAUUUUUGUUGCUGGCAAAGUUGGCCUGGUAUUUAUUCAAAGCUAGCCAGCCUAACAUAGAUAAUAAAAUGGAAUAGAGGGACACAGUUGACUCAGACCAGAGUUAAAAAAUGUGGAUACAUGUAUAAAAUACAUAUACUUUUUAAUAAUGAAAAUGAUGCAACAGUUCAUCAGAAUUGAUAGUUUAUUUUUAUUACAAAUUUGAAAUUUCUGUUAAGGAUUUUUUUUCUAUAAAACUUGAGCAAAACAUGAAACCCUCAAGACUACGAUGGAAGAUUUUCCUCAAGCUCUGAUAAGUGUGUUAAAUGGAAUGUUGAAAGAUGGCCACAGUUUGACGUGGCGAGUUCAUGGAAUAAAGGAUAAAGUGGUCAUGAACCUGAUGUGGAUAAAUUCUUCUGCAUCUCAGGGUGGGGGAGGGGGUUCAGAUAAGCAAGACACAGCCUCGUCAUGUAGUGCUGAACACUUGCCUCAUACAUCGUGUGACCAACUAGUAACCACCAGGCCACCAUCGUCCACCCUAGGGGGACCUUCUAGACCUCUCAUAGACACCCCACACAGCCAAACACCAGAGUUAGAGCCUGGGGCAUCAGGUUCUGUGCCAGCAGCGGGAAGGGCAAGUCGUGAAGGGAGGAAACUUCUGCCAGCAAUUCCAGACGCAGAGACAGAAGCAGAGAUGUCAGCUAGUGUCAACACAAAGAUCAUCGCUGGUGGAAGCGGCGAGGGCCAGAUCAAGCUGGAGUAUACACUUAUGAACGAGUAUAACAUGCUGCACAAGCAAAAGCUGCCAGGCAUUUAUGUGAUACCCUCAGCCCUCUCCCCCCUCAUCUGGAAUGCUGUGAUAUUUAUCCGUCAAGGGCUGUACCAGGGCGCUGUGUUCAGAUUCAACCUCAACAUUCCUGAAGCCUACCCCAAUGCUGAGUGCCCUCGAGUGUUCUUUGAGUUCCCCGUCUUUCAUCCAGUCGUGGACCCAAAAACUGGCGAGUUGGAUGUGAAGCGAGAGUUUAAGAAGUGGAGACGGAAUACCCACUUCCUGUGGCAGGUGUUGAUGUAUGUGCGGCGCAUCUUCUUCAAGAUUGAUUCAAAGACUCCCUCCAAUGUCGAGGCAGCUGAACUAUAUGAGCACAACAUUGAGGAAUAUCGUAAAAAGGUGGAGUGUACCAUACAGCAGAGCAAAGAGGUCCUGCAUAACCCCACAGAGUCACGAGAUGAUCACAUGAUCAGGUUCUCCCCCUGGCAGCCAGGUGUUCACGACGAAGCCAAGUCAGAUAUGCUCACACGCAAGGUAAAGUCAACACCGAAGCAAGUGGCAGAAAAACCGAAGUGACCUUGAGACAGAGCCCCACAAAAAGAACGGGCUCUCCUGGAUGAACCCAGGCUCAACACAGAUCUUCUCACGGGACGAUUCAUCUUCCUCAUCAACCUAGCAUACACCCAACUGAGCCAAAAUGCCAAACGCAACUGAAACGCCCGGAUAGGCCCGGAGUGAUAGGGUUUAGGCUUAUGUGUUAUGCUAGCAUUACAAGUACAUACAUGGGUCACCAGUGUUGAUACUGGUGACUAAUAUGUCAAAGAACUUUAGGUUAAUACCAUGACAUGUUGCCUUAAACUUAUUCCCUGUAAGGGAUAGAGUAAUUAUUCCCUGACCUCCAAAGUGUGUGGCUUGUGAAAAAUCAUUGUUCCAUAUUUAUUCCAUUGCUCCGUGGUGAGGUUAGUGAAACUAGUGUAAUCUGUGUGUUGACCAGAUAUAUCCAGGAUUUCAAGGGGAUGAUUGUGAUUGCCCUGUCCACUGACAAACACUUAAAUGCAUGUGGAUUAACUUUUGGGAAAUGUAUGGACCCUAUUGAGAAAUGUGCUGAAUGUGAGGACUGGGCUCUGGUGUCAGAAAAACUUUUGGGAAUGUAUGGACCCUAUUGAGAAAUGUGCUGAAUGUGAGGGCCUGGCUCUGGUGUCAGAUAUCAAACUGGAUGUUUUGCUUGAACCAAGACAGAUAUGUCUUGCAGCAUUGUGCUAUUUAUAGUUACUAUAGUGAAUCAUGUUGCAGUGAAAAUAUAAUGUUCAUUCAUUGAAGUAAUUGGAUUGAUUAAAAAGUUAGAAGAGAAAUUUAUAAACAAAAUAUAAUAUGUUCAAUUACAUUAAAGCUGCACUCUCACAGAUUUACCGUUUUGACAUUUUUUGUCUUGAAAUGAGCCAAUUCUUGCGUAGAUAUCAGCAAACCAGUGAGACUGCUGACAAAAAUCAAAUCGCAGAUUACUAACGGUUAAAGAAAAAUGUAUAAAACAUCAAUUUUUGUACUAAUAUAAAAAUCUGUGAACUGAUUUUUUUGUCACCAGUCUUAUAUUACUGGUUUCAUGCAUUUUAUCGUAAAUAAGCUCGUUCCAAGACAACAACAAAUAAAAAAAGUUGUCAAAACGUUCAAUCUGUGAGGGUGCAGCUGUAAGGUUUAAUUGCGAAUCUUUUUUAAACAUUCAAGUUCUCUAGUUAUAAAACAAAGGGAGAUAUAAGACAUGGUUGCCAAAUAUUGCCUUUAUCUCCUUUUUGUUUGUGCCAUUAGUUGCUGCGAAGUUUUUUAAAGGCUUACCAUAUGUUAACAAAAACUGCAUUGUGUUGGUAAUUAAUGGAAUUAUGUAUUUCGAAGAAUCCACAUUUGGUUGAAUCAGUAUUUACAUGAAUAAUGAGCAAUGAAACUGUAAAAUAACAAAAAAUAAAUAAUAUCUAAUUGUAAUUUCAAAUAUUAUAGAGAACAAAUCUAAUAGUAUAAAUUCUACAUAAUGGAAUAGAGACCCUAUUCUCUUGUGGAUAUUUUAAUAAACAACAUAUAAACUGAUGCUUAUAAUAGCAUUUCUUUUUUCAUUUGAAGCAGUUGGUAUUUUAAAUAUAUUAAUGAUAGAAUAGUAUGCACACUUUUGGGGUAAAAAAUGAUAAAUCUUGUCCUUGAGGCUGUGUUUUGAACAUUUUUUCUCAAGCAACCUAUUACAAUUAUGCAGAGAUUACUAUAUCAUUUGUAGUCCUUCGUUAGUUAGUAUACAUAAAUUAUUUAAAAUUUUGAUUGGCGUUUGUGGAGAUUUCGGUAUAAUGGUGACGUAAACAAGACCUUAUAUUCUAGUAAAACAGUGUGUGUAAAGAAUAAGGUGGCAUUAAGUUAUAAAAAUAAGAGCGAAAAAUGUAAAAUUUUAUGUAAACAAAAUCUGUGAAAAGGAUGACUCAUGGACCAUAAUUGAAACUAAAUGUGUACAUUAUAUGGCAAUGUGUAGUUUGUUUACGAAGUUGAAUACAACGAAAUCCACAUAAUUAUUUUGAAGUUGUUUUUUUUAAAUCUGAUAAAGUUAUAAUUUUAAAUCUAUUUAAUCGUUUCCCUUUUAUAUUAUUUAGAAAUUGGCAACUGUAACUUGAUUAAAAGAAUCAGAUUUAAUUUAAUGAAAAUGUAACACUAAAUACCUGCGUUUGGUGUUUAUCAAAAAAAUAAUGCAAUGACUUAUGCUAGAAUAUAGAAAAAAUAAUAAUGGUAUGCAUUUGUAAAAUCAUAUGAUAUGAUUUAUUUUCCCUUAUCUAAUUAAUGGAAAUUUUUCAAUUUCAUUUGUAAUCCAACGAUUGAAUUUACUUGUUGUGAAUUAUAAUAUGACGUUGUAUGAUGAUGACUUUGUUCUGUGCAAUAUUUAAACACUGUAUGAAUUGUUUCCUGUUAUUGAUAUUGAUAAUUCCAUUCUGCAUGCCCUGGUAUUUUGGUACAUGUGUUAACUAUACAUGAAGCUCAAGUAACAGUAAAUGUAACGCAUGGAGAAAUAUUUGUGACAUGAACAUAACAUAUAUGUUGCUUUGUGUAUUUGACAGACAUUUCUGUGUCAAUUAAUUAUGCAAAAAAUGAAUUACCACAAUGUGA